AUGCAUUUUCAGGAUUGGUUUUGGGGUGUUCCGGAUAACCCAAUACUCGGGGUUUCUAAACUGCACGCUCGACUGGUUGCUGAUAUUGUUCAGGUUGAAGAGUUGUUGAGUUUCUUUCAGCAACGCAUUGCUGCCGAGGAAUACUAUGCAAAUCGUCUGGCUGAUCUGGCUCGAAAACCAUUACGGCCUGAUGGCUUUGGUCAGGACGAUUCAUUGAUUGCUAAUAUAUUUUGUACAUACCAACAGGAAAUGCAUUCACUUUCAAACUCGCAUCAAGACGUUGCAAGCAAGAUUUCUAAAGUACUGCUGCCAUUAAAACAAUUCAACGAAGAUGCUCGUAAGAUAUGUUUUCCAAAAAUGGACAGUAUUGAUGCACUUGCCAAACAGUACCAUGUGGCCCUUGCUCAAGUUCAAACGCUUAGACAGCUAUACAAGCAAAAAAGCAUCGAGGCUGCAGAAAAAACUACCAGGUUCAACGAAUCUCCCAUAUGUGGAGAUAUGCCUGUCAUGGAAAUCAUGAUUAAUGUCGGAUUACGAUCCUUGACUGUGAGCGAGUUUAAUGAUUUUAUUGCCGAAAUACAGCGCGACGUCAAGUGUACUGCUUUUUACCAUGUAAAGGAUGUGGGCUCAAUAUUGGGGGCUUACAAAUCCUGCUAUUUAGGAACAGAUAUGCUCCAUUACGUAAAGACAAAGUGCAGACUUGACGAAAAUGAUGCUCUUGCAUUUUUCAAUGAUCUUCACUCUAGUGGUUUCAUUCGCGCCAUAAAUGGCCGUUUUGCCACUUUUGUUCCUUCACUCAACUACCAGUGGAAACGAUCAGUAUAUGAAGUCACCAAUGAAGUUCCACAUCGCAAAGCGAUUCGCGAAGCCGAGAAAAGCGAACGUGAGUACAAAAAAAGUAUCAUGCAAGUCGAAACUCUUCGACAAUCGCUUGAUAUUUUGUCGGCAGAAUUCAUGGACAUUAUCCAGAAAAUUCUAAGUGAGCGGAUUCGCACUAUCAAGGAUGUUCUAUCGACUUGUGCAGAAACAGAGAAAAUUCCUGUUCAUAUUAUUCGUGGUAUUCAGGAGCGUUUGUUUUUGUUUUUGGAAACCCUCGAUGCUGAUAAAGAAACUCAGGUACUUGCUGAACGCGAUCGUACCGGUGUGCGACCGUCCAUUCCCCACUUGUUUGAAAGGUAUUUGCAAGGACCAAACGAUGUGAUAUUUGGUCUGGAUCUAGAUGUAUUACACUCCAAAAGUGGAUAUCGUGUACCAGCAAUACUGAGAAAAAGCUUCAAAUUUCUUGACGAUAUUUCCGAAACAACCAUUGAAGCUCAAUCACCAGAAAACUCCUCGGCUCUAUCACCAAGAAAGCAGCCUCACAAGCAUCUAGAGUUUUGGCUGCUUCCUAUUCAAAAUCUUGGCAGUGUCAUUGCACUUCGAAAUGAGCUUAAUUCUGGAAAGGUGAGGGCGAAAACCCUUCGAAAAUAUCCACCAUCCGCCAUCAUAGGUGCGAUUCGAAUAUAUCUUAUGGAGCUUCCUAGUUCUGUUUGCAGUCACGAUUUAUACGAACCCUUGAAAUUACUGUAUUUAUCCAAAUCUGAGGAUGUGGGCAUUAUGCGACUCAACUCGCUUCGAAGUCUUCUUGCAACAAUGUCAUCGGCUCACUUUCAUACGCUCUCAUUUUUAAUCAUUCGUAUUCGAUCUUUGAUUUCUGACUUGGAUCCGUUGGACUCGCGCAUUACCGAUUUGGCGAUUGCUCUUGGGCCUUACUUUCUUCGUCCCGAGGUUGAAAAUUCGGUUAGUGUUCAUGACAAGCAUCGUGGCCGUCUUUUGCGAGAUCUACUUGUACAUUACGAUGACAUUAUUUCAGUCGACAUUCUUUCAACAGCUAAUUCUGCGGAGGAUCUGCCAGAUGGAGUUGGUAUGACUGCAAAAUCACCCAACGAGCUGGAUAGCGAUGGAGACGAUGAAGAAGAACAGCAACUGAUUUCGCCAACUCUGUCCUCUGCUGAUUCAGAAAAAAACAGAAAACUGUCCAUGUUCAGUGCAAGCGGAAGCUCCUUUAAAGCAUCUUUAAUUGCCAAACGAUCUGAAACUCGUCUGAGUAUAGAUAUUCAACCUAAACAAACAAAUUCUACUCCUAAUCUGAUGGAUGCAUCAAGAAAUCUAAACCGGGCUUCUGCUGGUCAGGAUGGCAAUGGAGUUGUCGGUGAUAUGUUUUCUGUUGCUAAACGAGUUGGAUCAUCUUGGUUUACCCAAGCUAGUGAUGUGUCGCAGAUUUUUAUUGCACCAUCCUCGCAGCCAAUAUCAGCAGUUCCUAGUGUAUCUCAGCUGCAAUCUACAACCUCUACCCAAUUACCUGGCAAUGCGGAUCUUAAACCUUUAAAUAACGAUUCAAAUACAACGACUGACGCAGAUGUUUUUCAAACAGUGUUUAGCGAUGCUUUAGGAACCGACUUAUGCACUGCUCCAAAAGCUGUGUCUAAUCAUUCUGGACAUUCUACUGUAAAGUUUUCUGAUAUUAUAUUAAGUGACGAAUCUGACAUUGAAGUUUACGGGAAAACCUCCAAUGUUCCUACCGCUCCAUUUUCAUAA